UCUUAGCUGAUCCACCAUCUACCUGCCUUUCCCCUACAGUGCAUUAUAUGAUUUGUGAAGCUGGAUUUGAGAGGAAAACAAGCUGUGCUGUCAGUAGUUUUAUAUGCGACAGUGGUGAAAUAAAUUGGGAAUUCAUCACAAAACAUGUACAAUAUGGAGAGCAAGACUCAAUAUUGGAUUAUAUCAACAGUAUGAGAUCUUUAGGUCCUUUAUGUGAAUCUAUUCACUUGCAUUUGAAAUCACUUACAGUGGAACAAUUUGAAAACCAGUUUGUGGUAUGGCUUCAAUGGACAAACUGCCCAGAGAUAUUUCUGGAAAUGAUUGAUACCAUAAAGAAUCCACAUGGUGCAGCAGUUGCACUCAGUUUAAUGAAGCUUACAUCAUGUUUGGAACGAGCCUUGGGUGAUGUAUUCUUACUAAUUGGGAAAGAUUGUCCUUUUCUUCUAAGAGAUUUGCUUGCAUCUCCGGAACUUGUUUCUAUCUUUGGGCAACCAGUGAUGGAUGUUCUGAAGGUGUUCAUUGGGUCUCCAGAUAGUCUAAAUCUUCGUAAUAUUUUGUGGCAUGGAUUUGUGUCAGUUGAAGAGAUUCCUGUCAAAUAUUUCUCCAUGCUACUUUUUUUAACAGCCGGAUUGGGGCAACUGCUUAAUAAUUACUGCCUUCAGGCCCACUCUGCUUUAAUUCAUCGACCCUAUGUGUCUUUCACUCACUUGAAAGAGCUGCAUAUAUUUCCAGAUCUGAAUCAAGAACUCUUGUCAUUGGCUAAAGAAUUAGUAACAAAAUCCAAUAUUGUACUAAAGACUAUGAUACCUUUUUGGAUUGCUGCAAUAACUUCAUUCCAGCAGGCACGGUAUGCAGAUUGUGUCAUUUUGCUACUUCCUCAGCUGGAAGGUGGGCUUAGAGUACUCUUCACAGCAGUUAAUAAAUGUCCAAGCAGACUAAUGACAGCUGAGUCAUCUUCUCUGUAUACCACUUUUGAUGAAAUACUAGCAAAACAGUUGAAUAAUGAAGAAAUAAAUCAGCUCCCCAUAGUCCUUGGUGAAUCAGCAAUGUCCUCUGCAGAUUUUCACAAGAUGACUUGACUUCCAUUAAGGUAAUGAAUAUGCCAACUUACAUUAAAUUUUAAAAUACAUUAAAAUUAUGCUGUUGUAGCUUUCAAAUCCAAAUGUUUAUGUAUUUAGACUAUGUAUUCUCCCUGUUCCAUAUAGCAUAGUAUUGUAAAUCUCUUUUUAUGGAGAAGAGCAACCAGGUGGCCUACCUGUUAGUCCUAUUUUUUAGAUGGCCGCUUGUUUGUCACAUUCCAUGAAAAAUUAUUUCUGAAAGGAAAAUGUCUAUCCUGAAUUUCAUUUUAUGUAACAUAGAGGAAUAAACCUAGAAGGAAAUUCAGUUAUUUGUCUUUUUAUAUAAAUUUUUAAAGGGGGAGGCAGCGAGACUACCUUUGUUCCUCUUCCUAGUUUUCUAUUAUCCUUAUUGGCUGGCUUAUUUAUUUUUUUAGAAUGUAGAGAUGUUCUCAUAUCAGGUAUGUAUAUGUAUGUAAUAUUCAAUAUUCAUCACACUCUUCCCUUUCAAGGUAAGCAGUCUUAUGCAAAGUUAAGAAAAGGAAUAUAAAACAAUAAGCCAAAAAUUAAGGCAUAAUUCUUAGUUUUUAUAUAUACAGGUGAAACUCAAAAAAUUAG